AUGUCUGUCGAGGGUGAAUUCUUUCUUUCGAUAACCGGGACGAUCGAGCACGCGGAAUUUUACAACGUUGAUAACGCUUACUGCAAGUACGGAUUUCACUUUGGCCCAGAAUGGAGCGUAGUCGCUGGUAUCGAGGAGGGCCUGACGCAGAUGUGCAACUGCAGCAACGAUGAACGAAACCUGAUCGUUUGGAAUUUCCCUCUGGAAGCCACGUUCAAAAGCACUAACCCUCAUGGAUGGCCCCAGUUAAUAAUGUCGAUUUACGGCUUGGACAUCUUCGGCCACGACGUCAUCAGGGGAUAUGGAGUAUGUCAUUUACCGUUGAAAACAGGUCACCAUGAGAAAAGGGUGUCCGUCUAUGUGCCGGAGUCCUCCUCGUCGUUACAACGAUUUGUGGCCUGGUUAACCGGAAGAAGGCCAGAACUAAUUGAUCCAGCGAUAUUGGCCUCUGGCGGCGGAAGGGAACUCACGCGCAUGAGAGUAGAGGGUAUUGUUACCGUAACGUUCAACGUCGUGCUCAAAGAUUUCUUCAAGUUGGGCUACAACAACGGCGAGAAGAGGACCAAGUGA